AUUCGCUUGAUUGUUGUGUGGAUGUGAACAAGCUGGCGGGUUCAUAACAAACAAGGGACAUUUUCUUCCGUCGCCACCCCACAAUGGACGGUCAUAUCAACAUCGAUCAUCAUCAUCAUCACCAUCAACCGAAUGCUACGCCACAAGAUGCGGGUGACGGGCGCGGCACGCGGAAUCGCUGGCAAAAGAUGCCCACAGACGCUACCAACAGCUCUCCACAUCCGUCCUAUGGGACUACCGAUUCCAUCCCGCAGGUGACAAUACGUGAUACUAGCAGCCGUGGAAGAGCUGGCCCAUCGGCUGGUGGUCCGCCGGGGAAUUCCGCCCGUCAACGGCAACAGCAACAACAGGAGCAGGAACAAGCGUUGAACGAAGAAGAAGGACUGAAGUAUGGUGCCCAGCAUGUGAUAAAACUAUUCGUUCCGGUAACCCUGUGCAUGAUGGUCGUGGUGGCCACGAUUAGUUCGAUCAACUUUUAUACUAUUAAAGAUGUGUAUCUCGUGUACACACCGUUUCACGAACUGACCGAUGACACAGGCACCAAAAUAUGGAACGCAUUAGCCAACUCGUUGAUCCUGAUGACGGUGAUCGUAAUCAUGACCAUCCUGCUGAUCGUCCUGUACAAACACCGCUGCUACAAGGUCAUCCACGGCUGGCUGAUUCUAUCGUCCCUGUUGCUACUGUUUCUGUUUAGUGGCCUUUACCUGUUUGAAAUUUUGCGUGCAUACAAUGUGCCGAUGGAUUGGUUUACGGCGGGACUACUGGUUUGGAACUUUGGUGUGGUUGGCAUGAUUUCGAUCCACUGGCAGGGUCCGUUGCGAUUGCAGCAGGGAUAUUUAAUCUUUGUGGCCGCGCUGAUGGCGCUGGUAUUUAUCAAGUAUCUUCCAGAAUGGACAACGUGGGCUGUUCUAGCUGUGAUAUCAAUUUGGGAUCUUAUUGCCGUUCUUACCCCGAAGGGACCUUUGCGUAUACUGGUUGAAACGGCACAGGAGCGAAACGAGCAGAUCUUCCCUGCACUGAUUUAUUCAUCAACUAUCAUGUACUCCUACCUCGGCACACAUACGGACCCAGACGGGCCGGCACCUUUCUCCGGCGAACGGACUAUUGGAACGGGCGGUGGUAGUGGUGGAGCAAGUCGGACGGUAGGAGGGUACGGAGCAGUGAACAACCAUGCCACUCCGUCCACGGCGCAAACCGGAGCAACCGUAGAAGGUAUGCCACUGGUUGCCAUUCGCAAUGAUAGAACGCAUGAUUUACCAAGGGAUCAAACAGCUGGUUUUACGCCGGAUUGGGCUGCAACGACUAACCAAAGAGUUACGCGGCGGCAAAUUGAAGUUCAAGCCAAUAUCGCCAACAAUCCGUCCCGGCCCGAGUAUCGCACGGUCACCGCGGAGGCAAAUCGUGGUGGAUCCGAUCCGCUACCGGGUGUUGCGAUCUACGAUCAGGCCGAAGAACGAGGCAUUAAACUUGGCCUAGGAGACUUUAUCUUUUAUUCCGUGCUGGUGGGCAAGGCGUCGAGCUACGGAGACUGGAACACGACGAUUGCAUGCUUUGUAGCAAUUCUGGUGGGUCUUUGUCUAACGCUGCUGCUGUUGGCCAUCUUUCGCAAAGCACUGCCGGCCCUGCCGAUCUCUAUAUUCUUCGGACUUAUCUUCUGCUUCGUGACCAGCGUUAUAGUGAAACCUUUCACGGAAGCACUAACACUAGAGCAGGUGUUUAUUUAGU